AUGGACCUCUGCCACAGACCGCCCCUCCUCUUCUCGCACGCGCAACUCCUGCCUCACCCCCCAACGACGCCCCAUGCGCAGUCCCCCAUGUCCGCGCAGGCGACGUACUGCAACACGAUGGUCCACCACAACUUCCAGCUCCCGAGCCUCAUCUCAUGGGUGGACGACAUCCACCCGCGCUCGAACGACCCGCCGUGGGCGAACAAGACGGACGAACACAUGUUCUGGCGCGGGAGCAACACGGGCCGACAUUCAGCGCGGAGACGCUGUGGUGCUAUUCGCAGCGCCCGCAGCUCGUGA